AUGUCGACCGCGAAACCUACGACCUCCAAGACCUCAAAUGGUGUCCCCUUCUCUCACUUCGUAUCCCUCAUCCGAGCCAUCUCCGAGAUCACACCCGUCCGCGUCGGAGACAAGAAACGGCAAUCCCUCGUAGACGGCACCCAAACCCCCCGCGCCCGCAAAGUCUUUGGAACCUGGCUCAAAGAGAUCCGCGCGAAGUACUCGCCCCUGCCGCCCGGCACCACCGCAGCAAUCCUGCGCCUCCUGUUUCCUGAGGUCGAUGUGGAUAGAAAGUACAGCAUGCAGGAGAAAAGGCUGGGCGAGCAACUUGCGCAAGCGUUGGGCAUCUCAACGCAGAAGGGGCAUUGUGGAAGCGUGUUGAGGAGCUGGAAUGAGUGGGAUACGAGGGGGUGUCUGGGCCAUGUGGUGCAGGGUCUGUUCGAGAGCCGCGCCAACGAGAACCCUGAAGAGCACGUCAGCUCCCUCAGCGUGAUCGACGUAGACCGUUUACUCAGCGAUCUCGCAAGAUACUCCCCUUGGUCCUCGAACGACGUACGCCACUCUCGCAACAGCAACGAGCCCGCGAAGAGUAAGAUCCGCGACGUCCUGUCACGCCUAUACUCGGACCUUCCUCCAUUCGACGCUGCGGUACUCACACAGAUCAUCCUGAAGGACCUCCGUCCCAUCCUGUACCCGCUCCCCGCCACAGGCACCACGGCGUCAUUGCUCAGCUACAACACCAAUGCUGUAUACAUGCUCUCGCUGCAGGAUGCGCUCCGGGACUGGACACCCCAUAAUAAGGAAUGGUGCUGGGCAUGGUGGCAGUACCACAUUCUGUCGGACCUUACGGCGAUCGGCCAGUUCAUCGAGCAGAAUGCAGUCGGCACCACCGCGAUGCCCCGCGUCGGCACGCGCGUUCUCAUACCGAAAUGCGCUAAGGGUCGCGGAUGCAAGAGCUCGCUCGGCAUGUUCAAGACGGCGUCGGUCGUUUGGGCGGAAACGAAGUACGAUGGCGAGCGCGCGCAGAUCCAUGUGUGGGUCGACGACAAGGGCAAAUUGCGCAUCAAGAUCUUUAGCAAGCAAGGCAGGGACUCCUCGCUUGACCGUCAUGCUGUUCACGCGACUAUCCGUGAGGCGCUCGGGUAUUGUCCGAACACCAAGCUGCCUCUCAAACCGAAGGUCAAGAAGGAAGCUAUUCUCGAAGCUGAGAUGGUUGCUUUCAACGACCAGCAAGGCCGCAUAGAUGAGUUCUGGCAUAUACGCAGCCUCGUUGAGAACACGGCAUAUGGUAUCCGGCACAAGCCGCGCAAGACGCUCGAAGCCCGAGCUGCAGAGACAGGCCCCGUGAACACCUCCAUGGAUUCGAACGCGCCCGACGACGGCCGGCGGCACCUGGCCCUCGUCUUCUUCGACAUCCUACUCCUAGACUCCGAACCUCUACACCACCAUCCAUACCACAUCCGCCGCGCGCACCUGGAACAGACCAUCAACGUCAAACACGGGUGGUCCAUGCUCGCCGCUCGUCAACGCAUCCAGAUCCGCGGCCCCGACGGCAUCCCACGCAUAAGCGAAGCUCGUGCCCAGUUACGACGCAUCUUCGCUGAGCAUGUGGCCGAUUACGAGGAAGGUGUCGUUUUGAAGGACGAGAAGAGCCAGUAUCGCGAGACAAAGAGGCCGUGGGUGAAGUUGAAGAAGGAUUACAUCCCUGGUUACGGCGACUGUUUGGAUAUGGUGAUCGUCGGCGCUGGAUGGAACAAAGAGCGCGGUCGGGAGUUGAGGGUUGCACCCUCAACAUUCACCACGUUCUACCUAGGCGCCCUGACCAACGCAGAUGAACUCGCACAUAAUCCUCGAGCGCGACCAAGCUUCGCUGUCUACUUCACCGUGUCGUAUGGUCCGGCGCGAUCAGCGCUGGAAGACAUCAACGUCACACUGCAACAGGCAGAUCACGUCAAAUAUACCGAAGCGCAGAAGCGCCCGGCUGUACUUCCCUACUCGUUCACCCUCGCGACUGGCCUUGACUCGCCUGACGUUAUGCUGACCACGCCUCGCCUCGCUGAGAUCUUCGGCGCGGGCUUUUCAAAGGCUCCGGGGAGUAAGGUUUACGAACUACGUUGGCCGCGCCUCACAAAGAUGUACCGCGAAGCAGAACGUGACUGGCGUGAGGGCAUGCCUUUGUCAGAGAUCCAACGUAUCGCACACGAGGUUGUAGGUCGCCCGUCCGACGAAGACAACUACCGUUUUCUUUGGGAGCAUGAGUUCAAGCGUCCCAGCGAACAAUCUAGUGAUGUACCUCUCGAAGUAGCAGGUCUGCGUACGCCCGCGAAACGCGCGCGUAUAAUGAAAGAGUGUUUGACUCGCUUGGAAAAAGACGACGGCGUCUUUGUCCCUCAAGACCAAUACCAACACCAAGAUCAAACUCAAACUCAACAUCAAGCCACCGCGCAUCCUUCUUCCCUUCAAGACUGCGGGAUCGUCUGUGCUUCAUCCAAAAGCGGUGAAAGGAGUGAAGCGGCUACGCCUUUGCCCCUUCUGCACAGACUCGUUUCGAGUACAAACGUCUCUAGGGUGCCCGAUUCGCCACCCCGUGCCCACGCACCGCCUCCGACGCCACCCUCGGUACCGCGUAAACGGCGGGCAGUACAAAAGGACGACGAGAACGCCGACAUCAAGGAUCAUACCCCGGCUUCCCCGCGGCGAUUCGAGCCUCUUUCGCCAUCAUAUCGUCCGAAGAGGCGCAAGCUUAACCCGCCUGUACCGGUCAAGGUAGAGGUCGACGAACCCGGCCUAUUCUUCCCGCCCCUAUCGAGCCCUCCGGCGACAGAGCCGCAGCCAGAAGUGAAGACAUCGCAGGACCACUCACAUCGUUUACUCCUAUCUCGACCGCUUUGUCCUGAGCCGACUGUUAUCAUGUCAAAGGACGAAGCUACUCCACGCACCCCCGGUUCAUCAUCCACUUCACGCACAAUCUCGUAUGGACGCAGAGCACAGUCAGCGAUCUAUCUCGAGAAACUUCGCGCCGCGAAGGCCGGACUGCCACAAACGUUGGGAUCUACACGCGCAGUGACAACUGCAUCGUCCUCGACGCUCGCUCCGCCUCCCCCUACAACAUCUCUACCGACUCUUCCGGACUCCUCUCCUCCCCCUUCCCGGCCAAUCUCGCAACAAUACCCACUAUACCCGCAAUCUCUUCCCGCGCCACCUCCGCUUGAUGACCCCUCACCUGCUCUCUUGGCAGCCCGCACACAACUUUCGAAGUACUGGAUCUAUCUAGAUCUAUACUCGGACGCCCAACGCGUGAAUUCAUGGCAAAGUGUACUUCACGUAUGUGGCUGGACCGCCCAGAAACCUCCAACGCUGGCCCCUUCAUCGGCUGGCAAACGCGGGGGCAUCAUCAUACUCGAUCUUGAAGAUCGCGACCCCGACUGGUCCGCCAUCGCCGCACAAGUCAUGGACGCGGUUCAAGCAUGCUACAAUCAUGGUCACGCGCGUUUCGACGUCCGUGUGCUGGACAUUGGGGUGCUUGGGAAUGGGGCGGUUGAAUCCACUGGGGGCGACAUGAGCUCUUGGAUUCGUCAUCUACUGACUGCGUAA